GGAGCAUAAAAAAGCUCUGUCUUGUUUAGCACUUCCCAUCUUCUACCAGGACAGUCAGAGGCAGACAUCAGGUUCUUCCCUGAAGAUUUAAGGGAUCCAAUCAGACAUCAUACAGAUUCCAGCACUCCAGCCUCUUCGUAAAUAACUGCAGAAAUGAGCCACGAGGAGGUGACUUACACAGCUGUGAGAUUUCACUCUUCUUCACAGGAGAGGAGGAGCCAAAGAUCUCAGAAGUCUGAAAAGAACCAAAGGCCUCAGAACAAUGAGAGCAAAGAAAUGAGAGAAACAGAGGUGACUUACAUGGACAUGAGAUUUCGCUCUUCUUCGCAGGAGAGGAGGAGCCAAAGAUCUCAGAACUCUGAGAAAGACCAAAGGCCUCAGAACAAUGAGAGCAAAGUUUUGUCCUUAGAUUCUCCUGCUCUACCCACUCCCCGGAAGAGACUCAUUACAGGAAUUCUGGGAAUCCUCUGCCUAAUACUACUGGUAACAGUAGUAGUCUUAGUCGCCAUACGGGAUAAAACCAGUUCAUGUCCAGACAAAUGGGAACCACAUGGACACUUCUGUUACCUCUUCACUAAUGACUGGAAAUCCUGGCAAGAGAGUAAAGAUUAUUGUACUUCUUUGGACUCCAAACUCCUUGACAUCAAAAAUAAGGAAGAACUGGAGUUCUUCAGAUCAGUAUUACAUGUUCCUCACUGGAUUGGACUAUCUCGUCAGAAAGGCAGUGAGUCCUGGCUGUGGGAGGAUGGUACUGCUCUCUCCAAAGACCUGUUUGCAGUAGCCCAAGAGAAUAUCCCACAGUGCUGUGUGCUUCUCUCGAAAGUAGAAGCCAAAUGCGUUUCUUGUGAGGAACCGUUCUCCUGGAUUUGCAAGAAGGAGGCUGUGCAUCCAGAACCUGCUGCUCUGGCAGAAGGAAGGAAGAAAAGCCACUAGAAUAUAUUCCUGCUCCAUUCCAAGUCCUGGCCAGAUACACAGCUCCAAGAAAUGGAGACUUCAACCUUCAUUGGAAGCUUCAUUGGAGACUUCAAUCUUCAUAGCACAACUCAGGACCCCAACACUUUGGAGAGAAAUUCAUGUACCACUGUCUUGAAAUCAACCUCCCUAUUAAUUUCAUUCUCAAUGGAUAGCAUUGCCAGUCCUGAUAACUGUUCUUGUGACACUGUUGAGCACAGAUAUAACUUUAUGAGCUUCAGCUUAUAAAAGCUUCUUAGCUGAAGCAACAGUCACUGGAGCUGUCAAAAAUAUUAUCAGCUCAAUGCAUACAUUAGCAUAAACAACUGAUAAUUUCUUCUCGUAAAUGAACUGAAGAGUUUGGAGAGCAUGCAUUGUCUGUAGUAGAAGAUGUGAGAGGCUUUGAAGUUCACCAACAAGAUCAGUUCCGUCAAUGUCUGUAGAACUACUUUCAUUAUUCUUUAACGUCAGCUCUAGCUCUGCGCAAAACGUGAUUAAAUCACUGGUAGAUACAGUUCUCAUUUUCUUCACAUCACACAAAAAUCCAAAGAUGUUCAUGAAGCUACUUAAUAACUGAAAAUGACUUUCAAGGCUCGUAAUCACAUAGCCCAUUGCAACAUUGAAAAACUCAGUUCUGAAUCUUUGUUCUGCAUCAGUGUUAACUUCAUCUUCUGCUUCAUAGCUGAAAAGUUUUAUUUUCUUUAUAACACGUGAUUGUGGAAGUUCAGCUGGCACAGACAUUUCUUCUGAAAGUUAUUUUUCUUUACAGAGUGCAUCUCCAAAUCCAUUUUCUCAGUAACAGAGAAGUGCUUUUUGUGUACUUUCAACUAACUUGCUGGCAGAAUCAAUAUACAUUGUUUUACUCUGCAUCAUUCUGCUUACCAAAUUGACUUGAAACAAUAUGUCAUACCAUACAAUUAAUGAAGCAAGGGAUUGAUAAGAAGAAAUCUCGCCCAUAAGUGCUCCAGCCUCUGAGUAUGUCAAAUUGUCUUUUGUAAUUUCUCUCAGUUUCAGCACUGAUGAGCUGCCAUUUUCAGUCUGGAAUCUCACAGCCUUGACACUUCCUAUGGUGGUGAGAAGCCCCUACAGGCACUACAGGUGCCAGGGGCAGCCCUGGGCACCCCUGGGGUGAAUGGGCAGACCCCCUGUGCCCCAGUAGACUUACCUGCAGAGCCGCACCCAUGGCCGCAGCCAUGGCCACGCAAGCCAGCAUUAUGCCGGCUCUUCAAACAUCUGAUCCCUGGGUGGGGUGGUGUCUGGCUAAUUGUGGCAGCUGAUGCCACCACCAUGGAAGUUCAAAAACCCCGGCAGAAACUGGCAGGGAAGGGAGUAGAGGAAAGAGGGAGAGAGCCAGCUGGGAGCAUGCCAGACAGGCAGUAAAGGCAGCUCCAGAGGCUGGUUAUAGCAGCCUGACAGACACUGCCCUGCUCCAAAGGCAGGAAGGCAAUGUCAGGAAUUAGGCUGAGGAUGGACAGUCCCCAGCCCUCACAAUAUCAAAGCUUAUAAGAAGCAUUCCUCUCCCUCGGAGGGGAGGAAGGAUGCCAAAACACCAAGAAGUGCAAUCCUUUGGGAUCAGGGACUGAAGCUCCAGAUGCACUGACACCUAGGUGACUGUCAGGUUGUCCAAAGCUGAUGCCAGACCCCAUAACAAGGGGGCUUACAGAGAUCGGCGGAACAGCAAGUGGAACACCCAAGCGGUUGGCGAGUAGACAGGGUGUAGGGGAGGCAGAGCCCCAAAGAACACCGUGGCAUGGCUGUGAAUACCCCCAUCGUUGUGCCACUUGGGAAGAAGAACACCACUGAACCCCUCCUUUCAUCAGGUAACAACAAGUUGUGGCAGGCGAGUUGGGGACACCCUGACCAAGGGGACAGUAAGGUACUCACAGCGCCCACUAGAGACAUCACACUUUCUAUUUUGCAUUCCCAUCUGGUGUCUGAGAGGGAUUUCAGAGUAACAUUCACAAAGGACUGCAAAAUAGCCCAUCUCCUAAUUGAUGAGUGUAACACUCCCGAUUAUCCAAGAGUGGGAUUUUCUUGAGUCCCCGCCAAGUUAGGCCUCACCUCAACUCACCUUCCAUGACUUUGAUGCUAACAAAUUGAAUAGGAGGGGUUCAGUGUGGUUAAUACAGGGGUCCCACUUGGGGUACUCAUGGAUCCGAGAGCACUUCACGAAGGGGGCUUCACCUCCCCUACAUCCCCAGCCACAUAGUUUCAUAGUUUCAUAGCUGGUAGGGUUGGAAGGGACCUGAACAGAUCAUCAAGUCCAACCCCCUGCCAUGGCAGGGAAAAGUACGGGGGUCAAACGACCCCAGCAAGGUGUUUGUCCAACCUCCUCUUAAAGUCCCCCAAGGUAGGAGCCAGCACCACUUUGCUUGGAAGUUGGUUCCAGAUCCGAACCCUCCUGACUGUGAAGUAGCACCUCCUGAUGUCUAGUCUGAAUCUACCCUCUGCCAGCUUGUGACCGUUAUUUCUAGUUACUCCUGGUAGUGUUCAGGGGAACAGGGACUCCCCCAAUGCCUGCUGGUCCCCUGUGACAGAUGAAAUUAUGCCUGUGUGAUUAAGGCGCUUGCUGAAGGCUCUAUGAAAAUUAGACCAAGUGUUUUUCUGCAUUUGUUUAGAUAUUAAGCUAUAUGUUGUUGCUAAAAGCCUAAUUAAAGUUUAAGAUGUAGUGAGGCCUUGUAUAAAGUAAAGCCUAGUAAAUUUAGCAAAGCCUUGAAGUAGUAAGGCCCUGUGGCAUAGUUAAAAUUACCUUAUCAAAGGAAUGUAAGGCUUGUACUGCUAUUGGUCAGUCUAAGGACAGUUGAAGUAAAAGGAAUCUGAGGGGUUGUUCGUUAUCAGAACCAUUCCGAAGCUAUAAAUUAGCUGAAAUAUCUAGAAACCAUUCAGAAGGAAGAUACAGCUCUGUGAAAAGGAUUAGUUAGCUGUUGCCUGGAUCAGUGGGCCCGUGGAUCACGACGAGCCCAAGGACUGCAUUCCAGAGUCCUUCCUGGUACCCUUCGGACAGCGCUAUUCGGGGACGCCUGACUUCUCUGAACUUUGUGGAAAGAGAAGCUUGCUGUGUAUCAGGCAUCACAGGGGACUGCCGAUAAGUUGCCGAUGUGAAUUGCUUUUGUCUGUCAUUGUUUGUUUUGUUACUACGUGUAGUUAUGUUUUUGUUAAGUCAAUAAAACUUUCUUACCUUUCUA